UCUAUACUAUUUCCCGCUUUCUAAAGCCCUAGGGUUUUCCUCUAUCUUCUCACAAGUAAGGAUCAAAGCUUCGUCGCCAUGCCGCAAGGAGAUUACAUUGAGCUACACAGAAAGAGGCAUGGUUAUCGCCAUGACUUCUUCGAGAAGAAGCGCAAGAAGGAAGCUCGUCAAGUUCACGAGCGAUCCGCUAAAGCUCAGAAGGCCCUUGGUAUUAAGGGUAAGAUGAUCGCCAAGAAAAAUUAUGCUGAGAAGGCCCUCAUGAAAAAAACGUUGGCCAUGCAUGAAGAAUCAUCAACUAGGCGGAAGGUUGAUGAUAAAGUGCAAGAUGGAGCCAUUCCUUCCUAUCUUAUAGGAAAACCUCCCAAGUAUGAGCGCUUUAUCCGCCCAUCAUGA